AUGGCAGGAGGAGGUGAGAAUGAGAUUGAAGACUUUUUAUCAGAGCUCCCACCAGUGGAGGUUGCAGCAAUAUAUGCUUAUUUAAUGGGGAUUCGGGAAGGGGAUGACUUCACUGAUCACACCCACAUAGAAGAUCGAUAUUGGAGCAUUCAAGCUUAUUUCAUGAAUCUUGGUGGCUUAGUGUUAAGUUUUAAUGGGGUGGAAGAGAUGAUUCGUUUGUUUCAAAUGAAUGAGAAGCCUCCUUGUCUUUUGUUGCUUUCUGUGAAAGAGAAAGAGAGAUUGGUUUGUUUUUAUACAUCAGCAAAACAACAGCACGAUAAAGGAGAAACUGAAAGCUGGAAACUUAGAAUAACUCCAGCUUCCAUACGUAACCCAGCCGUCACUUACAUAUUGAAGUGUUGCAAAAUAGACUUCGAUCUACGAGUUAUAGUUGGUGCGUGUUAUUGGUAA